AUGAGGUUCAGGAAGAAGGGCACGUUGAGCCCAUGGUUUAUAGAACCAUUUGAGGUAUUGAGACGAGUUGUUAGGGUUGAUUAUCAGGUUGCUUUACUUCCAAGUCUAUCGAGAGUUCAUUCGGUUUUCCACGUGUCUAUGCUCCGAAGGUAUUAUAAUGACUUGUCACAUGUGUUAGACUUUAGGACGAUUCAGUUAGAUGUGAGCCCGGAUUAUGAGGAGGAUCCAGUUGCCAUUGUUGAUAGGCCGGUUCGCGAAUUGAGAUCAAAGAGGAUUUCUACGGUAAAGGUUCAGUGGAGGGGCCAACCAAUCAAGGAGGUGACCUAG